AUGGCAAAUGCAGUUUUUGGAAAGGAUGUGUCGAUGCCAGUCCGACCAAGAAGUGUCUAUACAGCGCACUCCUACAAUCAGGAGGAGUCCGACUUGUCCGCCUUCCAAGACUACAGCAAGUUUCUUGAGGGUGGCCUAGGGCAAGCUGAGCUGGUGGGCGCUGCAGGAUGGCAGCCGCCAUGGCGAGCUCCUCUGCAGCGCAAGGCUCCUUUCUACCCUGGGGAUGACAUCUAUCAUGCUGAUACUUGGCGGGAGCUUGAGAUGACUGACGUAGUCGGGGGCGCUGGAUAUAAUGCUUCGGUCACGCCUCAUGGCACCGUCUGCCUCCGCCUAAGAGACAGAGUCAAAGUUGAUAUGACCAUCGACGGAGCUGUUCGCGUAACCAAUGCUAAGAACAAUAUUAUCCUGGCGUUGUCGCGCUCUGGUGCAGCUGCAGCACUGAUCCACCCCAACGGACUCGUCUAUCACUAUGGAUCCAGAGUUGAGAUCCAGGCCCGCCACCAGCAGGGCAAUAACAAAUAUGCAAAGAUGUGGUACAAGGGUGUGUCGUUCACUGCGGAACAAUGUGCGCUGGUGUACUUGGUAGAUGCAGCUGGCACGCGCACCACCACCGAUACUUUCCUUGACAUGAGUCAGGACUUCACUCUGAAUGUCUUUUACAACGAGUCACGCCAUGGGCCGUCGUACGUGAAUGAAGCAAUGUCGCUGCUGCAAGCGGCGCAGUACUGGUUGACGGAUGAUGGCAUAGACAACUGGAUCAUCAACAAUGUGCGCGUCAGCCAAACUGCGGAUGGACUUGUUAGGAUUCACCGAUGCAGUCACAAGUACCAGCUGCGCACAAGCCCGAGCAACGGGUCCGCGUCCAUUACGAGUCCGUUCCUGCACUGCACCGCCUCGCUAGGCCAGACUCAGCAUCUUUUCGUUCGCCUUUUUCUGAUCCUCAGCCAGCUAGUUUGUUUUAAAAAGCAGUUGCUAUUUGCCAGAUCUCCAGACCUUGACCCGGAUAUAAUCCAUACCAACAACUACAAAAUAACUCGUGUGAUUCGAGUGGCAUUCUUCCGGUUCUGUCGUCAGACCUCAAAAUCAGGUUAUCCAUGGUGCCAUUAUGACGUCAAACUCAUUUGGAAUAAUGAUCUUGACCCUUAUAUGAUCUUUUAA